AUGCCCGUGAGCCUCCGCCCCGUCGCCGCCCCGCGCGGGGCGAAGCGCAUCGUCAUCGACGCCGACGGCACCCCGCGCGCGGUGACGAACGCGGUCGACGUCCUCGGAUACGUCGACCGAACGUUGCCACGAAUCAUCGCGCACGUCGCCCACGUCAACGGCGCGCUCGGCGUCACCGCGGGCGCGCGCGAGGUGUUCGUCCAGGACGCGCGCGGGCGGGUGCGGAUGUUGCGCCCGAACGCGUCGGCGACGCUGCGCAGGGGGGAGGUUUUGUUUUUGCAAUGGAGCAAGGCGCGCGGGACGCGACACGGGUACGUGUUGGAGCGCGACGACGGCGUCGGUGAGGUCCAGGGGGCGGAGGUGAUCGAGGUGGUGGAUUCGGAGAGCGAUGAUGGGACGGCGGUGAAGGUGGGAAGGGGUGCGGCGAGUGGGGGGGGGGGCGUGGGCGCGGUGGACGCGACGGGCGACGGCGGCGGCGGCGACGCGCGGCGGCGACGGCGUCGGCGCGCGGCGACGGGCGGACGACGCGCGCGCGCCCCGGCGCCCGAGGAUGGAUUACCGGACGAUCCCGUGGAGCUUCAGAGCGCUCGAAGGGCGCUGAAAGGUGCGCACCGACAGCUCGUGAACGCGCUGCAGAGUGAAGUCGCGAUGCGACAGACGCUCGCGCAGAGUCAGCUGGAUUUCCAACGGACCAUGCGAGGACGAGCCGAUUACGUCCUGCGUCAGUGGCACAAAGAUAAUCUCGGAAUGAUCGCUGGGAAGUACCAACAGAGUCAGUUCGCCGCGUCGGCCGCGCGAAUCUCCUAUCAGGAGGCGCUGCGGCUGUUCCACGCCGCGGUAGAGCGCGCGGAGGCGGCGCGCCGCGGGGGCGCGGCGGCGUCGCCGAACGGUCGUGGCGGGCGCGCGACGACGUCGGAAAACCAUCACGAUGCGCGAGAGGAGAGAUACGAGCUCGCGAAAAAGGCGCUCGAGGCCGAAUGUCGAGCGUGGGAAGUUUUAUUAGCCAAGGAUCCUACGGAGAUGUCGCUCAAGGAUCUGCGAGUCGUCGCGACGGAUGUGGGCGUCGACACCACCGUGCUCGUCGAGCGCGGCGACUUCGUCGCCGCGCUCGAGAAGAAAAAGAAAGCGGGCGACGUCGAGUUCAAGGAGCGCAAACGCAAGCGCGAGGCUGAGUUCGACGCGGCGGAGACGCGACGCAAGGCGCGUCGCGAGAAGGAAGAAGAGGAAUCGGCGCACCGCGAAGCCGUCCAGCAGGUGAGCAUCUGGUCCGCCCACGCCGACCUUCGCCUGUUCCUCCACCGGUGCGGUAUCUCCAUAGAGCAACACGGUCGAUCGACCAAGAGCAUCCUCGCCAAGGCGUACCGUCAGGCGAUGCUCAAAUUCCAUCCCGACCGCGCGCGGCAGAAAUCCACGCGCGAGCGCGCGCUCGCGGACGAGGUCACCAAAUGGCUCACCCACGCGUGGCAGAGCGUCCCACCGUGA